AUGGUCCGUGUUUCCGUUUUGAACGACUGCUUGAAUGCCAUCAACAAUGCCGAGCGCCGUGGUAAGCGCCAAGUGAUGAUCCGCCCCUCUUCCAAGGUCAUUGUCAAGUUUUUGUCGGUUAUGCAGAAGCAUGGUUAUAUUGGCGAGUUUGAGGAAAUUGAUGAUCAUCGCUCUGGCAAGAUUGUCAUCCAAUUGAACGGCCGUUUGAACAAGUGCGGUGUUAUCUCCCCCCGCUUCAACAUCAAGUUGCAGGAUCUUGAAAAGUGGACCUCCAACUUGCUUCCCUCCCGUCAAUUUGGUUAUCUUGUUUUGACCACCUCUGCUGGCAUUAUGGAUCACGAGGAAGCUCGUCGCAAGCAUGCUGGUGGCAAGAUCCUUGGUUUCUUUUAUUAA